GAAAGGCGAUCUACGUUUCGGAUCAGAGAAAUAAAGGACAGAAAUCCAUCGCCGUGAAAUUAUAGUCGUGAAAAUUUACUGGAACCAAGUGCUAAUGGACCUAAUUGCGGAGAGUCUAUUCUCAAGAGGGAAAAUUGAUGGAAGCAUUAUUUUUCGAGGCAAAUAUUAAGGAAAACGAUCCUGAAAUUGAAGAGAUGCAUAAAGAGGGCUUGAACGAGUUCCGACUUCGUGGUCACCCACCGUAUCGAUCGAUCCAUGCCUGCGCUGAGCGUAAUCAAAAGUACUCCCACACCUGGUGUGCCGCCUGUUAGUAACGCGGUUCUCGCUACACGAAGGACAACGUAGUCAGCGUAGUAUUUAUAUAUAUCGGCCGCGAUGGUAUCACCACGUCCGAUGAAUUCGCAAGUUUCGUGAGUGAUCGAUCAGCUCGUACAACUGGAGCACACGCGAUGUUCCCUUGCGAGCGACCUUCUUUCUCUUAGCGCGUCCGCCAAAACCAUAGUCGCAGAGAUGGCCAAGUCCGUCGAGUCGAGGGGCAGGAGAUUGAGGAGAUCGCGCAAUGUGUCCUCUUUCUUGGAGGAGUCGACGGAGAGCGCGAUACCGCCGAAGACGACGGUUAACGUCGUCGUGGACGUUCACAACGGAGGUGAGAGUUCGGGCCGGCGGCAACAACAAAGAAACGACACUCUUACGAUCGAAUCCCCGGACAGUAAGGAGACUAAGCGAUCGUCCAAAGCUUCUUCGCGAGCGAGCGAAACGCCUCGGAAUCGCUCCUCUGAUCGCAGGAGUUCCUCGAAGGAUCUUCCCAAACAUGAUGAUUUGAUGGUGGAGUCGUUGGAUCUGAUAGAGGAAUUCGACGCGUCGAAAAAGAGGGAUGAGUCUCUCGAGGAAAAACCGCGGCGCAGGAAGCAAUGGAGCACCGUGGCGAACGUGAAUGAAACGGAAGCGGAGAGAACGGACCCGAAGAGGCCACCGCGGAAACGCUGGUCCAAGGAUGCCGGCGUGAUCCGAUUGCCCGAGACAAGCGACGACGCGUCCCCGUUGAUCGACGACUCGCGUAAAACCCCGGUACCGGCGCCGCGAACCAGACUGCGACGGAGCGACGUCCUCUUCGACAAUCCGGCCUUCGUGUCCGAUAACGAGGACGAGGUGCUCCGCAUCGAGACCGAUCACAAACGGGAGAGCACCAAGAUCGAAAUGAGGAGGAUGAGCGACCGCUCGAACAUUGAAGACGUAGACGAGGCUGGGACUACGUCCGGCGACUCUUCGAGGAAGCAUCGACGAGAAGAGAUGGUGAUGAGCAAGCGUCUCGCGGGGGACAGCGACGAUCGUUCUUCGAAAGCGAGAUCCUCGGGAAGCCGAAGAAACAGCGUUAGAGAACCCGAUUCGUCGGCGAGUUUGGAGAGAAUCACCGACGUUCGGUCGAGCUCGAUCACCUCCGAGGAGCGAGUCUCGAGCAGCCGGAGAUCCCAACCGGAAACGACGCGCGAUCAAUCGUCGAGGAGGAGAGAGCGAGCGUUGUUCAAGAAGAAGGAGCAUUCCGGCGACGACGCGUUCGUCAGCUCGUCCGCGAGGGAUGCGAAUUCGGCGGCAGAGGCAGAGGACGUGAGGGUCAGAAGGAAGAGGAAGAAAAAACGUAGACAGGAAAAGGAGGCAACGAAGGAGAAGGAAAAGGAGAUGAAGUUUAUCUCUGUGACGAUUCACCGGGCGGACGUGCUUGAGGCCAAUUACGUGAACGUGAGGCGACCGAUGGUCAGGGUUCACAUCGUGGAAGCUCGCACGGGCUCGUAUCUGAAGAGCACGACGGAGAACAGCAGCGCGUAUCUUCAGCCGAUGAUCACCGGCAAGUUCGACUUCAAGAAAAACAGAUCGAUGAUACCGGUCUGGGAAGAGGAGCUUAUUUUCGAGCACAACUUUGACGCGAUUAUGAGACGCGAGGACGGUGAACAGGUGGUGAUCCUCUUUGAGGUGAUGGAGCUCCUGAGCUUCGCCGACGCGAGCCUCAGUUAUGACAAAAUUGGUAGCGAGGGAUGUUGGAACAAAAUCGCCUGGGCAUUUCUCAAACCCGUAGGCAUCAAUAAUACUUUUCAUACUGGCAAGAAGGUGCGACUGCAGCUUUAUAAACCCAGGCGAAGCUUUAAAAAAUACGGAAGACAAAAAUGCGAGGUUUUUACCUGGUGGCAGUCGAACAACAGGGACAAGUAUCCCAGCAGUCUUUUGGUCACGGUGACAUCAGUUCCACCACCGAAACUCGAGCCUGUACUUUAUCAAAAGCUGCCGAUAAACGAUCUCCUUGAUGAUGCACGAAAGGACUCGCGGGAUCUUUCGAAAUGUACAUCGGAAUCGAUAGGUCUCCCCAAAUGGGCGCGAUUAGCCGCUCAGUCUUGUAAAAUCCCAAACGAGAAGAUGUUCGAGACGGAAGUGAGCGACAAAGGUUGCUUCUACGUCGCCUUCAGCAACGACGGCAAGUAUCUGGCCUGCGUCCAUUCCGAGGAGUACUAUUACCCGAUUGUCGUUUACGAGGUCGAAACUUCAGGCAAGAUUCGCGUUCGAUUUCUCGGCCACAAGAGUUUCGUGUACUCUCUAAACUGGUCCAGCGACGAUCAUUGCCUGUUGUCGGCGUCCGCGGAUCAGACCGCAUGUAUCUGGGAUGUUCGCAAUCAGAUCGUGCAGCACAUCGAGAUGCUGCCACAUCCUUCGUAUGUUUAUUGCGCCAAGUACGGGCCCGGCAAUGCGACGCUCGUGGCAACUGGAUGUUACGAUCGAGUAGUUCGCAUCUGGGCGGACGACAGGAGGUCAAGGAAGCGAGAACUGAACCAGGAAUUGGAAGGCCACGAGGGUUUCGUCAAUUCUAUGGUAUUUCAAAAGAACGGUAACUUGAUUACUGCCGACAGCGUGGGACUGAUCAUCCUUUGGACGAUCCGCAGAGACAGUAGGAUACCGUCAAAGAGGACGGGAUGCAUCUCGAGGAAGAUAAAAAUUCGCGAGAUCGAAGGCGUCGUUAUUAACACGAUUGUUUUACAUCCUCUCGAAUCUAGACUCCUCGUGCAUUCGAGAGACAACGGCCUGCGAAUGCUAGAUCUCGCGACCGGGGUGAUUUUGCAAAAGUACAAACGAUUUAACAAUCAAAGAAUACAAUUGAAAGCCUGUAUAUCUCCCUGCGGUGGAUUUGUUAUGUGCGGUAGUGAGGAUUCCGUAUUGAAUAUCUGGAAUUUGGAGACAGGUAAACACGUAGCUAGGUACACGAACGGUGGGCGUAGCUCGGCCAAGACAAUUGUUACCUGUGUGGAUUACCAUCCCUACGAUCACGUUUUGGCAUACUCGAUAUUCGGCAGUCCCACGUCGGUGCGUGUUCUAAAACACAACAAAAACGCAAACGGCAGCGACGUUGGACUACAUCUUACGGAAGACACGUCGCAAACUCGGGGUAACGAAGUGAUCCUGAAUGCCUUGAGCUGUCCUCCAUCUCGUCAAAGUAAACCCAGCACAGCAGGGACAAAAGAAAUUCCUUUAUCUCGUCAUCCCACAACCGAACACACGAUAAUACAAAUUGAAAAUAAUGAUCACGAACCAUGGAUGACGUCGCACCACUCGAGAGAAAUGGAGCGAAACUGGAGAAAGAAGAGCUGGGAUCGACUGCACUCCAUCAUCGAGAAGAUCGACUCGAUACUGUUCGGCAAUUCAAUGUUUUUCGACGACGUCGCUGAAGCGAAACGGAGUGCCAGCGCGAACGAGCGCGAUGGUUUCUGGACCAAUGCGUCCGACAACGUCGUUCUUCAACGAGAUAUGCGCCUCGAAGAUCGCGUCGCAAACUCCACGAGAUCCCACGACGGUUCCCUCCGAAAUAGCAAUACGCAGUCCAGCUUCACGACCGCAUCCAAGAGUCCGGGUCAUUCAUUCAAUUUUCACUCGGCAGGUGCACUCAAAAAAACAAACACACCCGAGUUGUCGCAUAUAAGCUCCCCGGAUAGCGCCGGUACCUAUAUCGUUGAAAUGUCGAAUUUCAAUAAAAACGUCGAGGUUGCUGCCGUAGCCGAGGAGAUGGAUUCCGUCCAGGUAGUUGGAAGCGACAGCUCACGGAUCAGCAAUGUUACAUUCCUCAUAGAAAAUGAGCGAGCAUAAGUGAUACCUCUAUUUUUUGCAAUGGCCCUUUCAAAAUUACUAUUUUUUUCUUAUAUUGGCCUCGCAUUAACACGACGAUGUUCGAUCUUCAAUCGUAUCAUAUAACAACUUCACAACAUUAUUAAUUUUAUAUUAUUAAUAAUAUGUAAAGGAAUAAAAUGCGUGCGGAAAAAAUUAUUACACAUAAA